AUGCAAGCCUUGCAAGCCUCACCUCGUCCGUCACCCCUUGGAUACGGGCCCAAAUGUCCUCCUUUCAGCGGCAACUUCACAGUCAAUAGAUACCAAUUAUACCCCGAGAACGCGGACUUCGACUUCAACAAUUGUCUACUGUACAUAGGAGUUGUCUGGAACGCUUCUGUCGGCAUAUAUGACCCUUACACCAAGGACAUUGAGAUCCUAGAGUUUGAUGGCAUUACCCACGACCCUAUAUACCAUAUUGGCGGCGUGGCAGCAAACCCUCGGACGAGCUUAGUCUCCAUCGUCGUUGAUUACUGGCCAACCAUAUUGACAGGCGGAGUAGACAUGUCUGGAACGAACUACAUCAUGUUGUUAGACCCAGAAACCCGCAAGCUUCUGUACAACUUCAACAUAACCACGGUUACCCAAGGCCGUGCGAGUGGAUACCAAGACGUGGAAUUUGAUCCGGAUGACAACGUCUAUGUCGUCGGCACGUAUCCGAGCAGCAUAGUGAAGGUCGACAGCAAAGGAAAGAACCUUGGAAUCUGGUAUCUGGAUGACAAAAUAAACAGCACUGUUGCUGGGUUCACUGGUCUAGCAGCGAAUGGAUGGACUUUGCUCGCAAGUCAUAGCAGCGAAGGGAACCUAUAUCGGCUUGACAUGCGCUCCAAACGUGGCAAACCUGAACUGAUUUCCGUGGCCCCUCCUCACAAGAUAGACACUCCGGAUGCCAUACAAUUGCCUCCUCGUUACAAAGGCACUGUCCUGUUAGUCGCGGAGCUCUUCAAAGGCGUGUCCGUAUUCAGAGACAAGACCGGGAAAUGGAAGAAUGCGGAAUACCGGGGAUUAGUCGAGUGGACUGAUCCGGGCUCUGUUGUCACGGCGCCUGUGCAGGUUGGAGACGCCGUGUAUAUGAAUCUGGUACCUUUUGGUGCUGGGCCAGGCGGAGGCGCGGGAAACGCCACGGAAUUUCUAUAUUAUGAUAUUACUGCUCAGGUGGACGCACUUCUGCAGGGCUGAGGUGAGGCAACUCGUGGAUGGAGGCUUAUUGCUCCAGCAUAUUGCACUGCAAAUCGUCUUGUAUCCUAAGCUUGGUAAACAGCUGAAGGUAGUGCUACCCUAGCGCAAUUCACACGUUUUGCUGUACGUGGAUGUGAGACAUAGGAUUAGGAUACUAUUUGCAAUGCGCAUUGGUUUAUCGGUUUUGUUGGGCAAAAGCGGUC